AUGUCUUCUCCAACGUUCUCCAACUCUGCCACGGACAAGGCGCAUCUACAGGAGUUUGCUUUGAAAAAGCAUCACGCUGGAUGCACUGGUAUGUUCUGGAGGUCCGAUCCCACGAAGCAAAACAAGCUGGCAUCCAACGAUGAUUGGCCACGGGAUGGUGCGACUUUGCGGGGUGAAGUGGUGGAAGUCAGUGGGCAGAAGUGGCUUCUGGUAAGCCACAUUAAGCAAUCGAACGGUGGGUGGAAGCACGCUCCGGUUGGAGCAGCAAUGCCCUUCGAAUACAACAAUCAUUACUAUUUAGAUGCGGUCUAA